AUGGGUGAGAUGAUCCAGAAUGCAGAGGAUGCUGGGGCUACUCAGAUGGAUAUCAUCCUUGACAUGAAUGAUUACUGCAACUUGCUGACUCGGGAACUCCAGAAGAACUAUCCCGCCAAGUUCUCCACCUUGCUCGGCCCUUCGAUGACAUUCAUCAACAACAAGCCAAUGACUGAGAAGGACAUCAAGAACAUCCAGAGCGUCGGUGACUCUGACAAGAUGAACGACACAUCAUCAGUCGGUCGCUUCGGACAUGGCUUCAACUCAUCGUUCAACGUCACCGACAUCCCAUCGUUGGUUACUGGCGACAACUUCUACUUCUUCGAUGUGCAUCAGAACCACUUUGAUCGCGCGAGCUACAUCAACAGCAACAGGAAGGGUAAGAAGUUUGCCUUCAACAGCGGACUAGUGGACCCCCUGAUGUUGCAGCCCUACAAGGCGUACAGCGAGUUUGGUCUCGACCUCUCGAUGCCAUUCAACCAAACCAUGUUCCGACUUCCCCUGCGCAAGGUUGUCGAUCCAAAGCACUCGUUCUCCGAUUGGACCAUGUCCAACCUCAAGGAUGAGGCGUGCCACGAGACUCUGUUCAAACAGUUCAUCGACAAGGAAGAGAGCUGCAUGAUAUUCCUGUCCAACAUCAAGACAAUCAACUUCUAUCGCAUGGUAGAUGGCAAUACGACGUUGGUGAGAUCGAUCAAGAGGAAGGACCAACCUGAGCAGAAGACGAUCAAGAUGAUACUGAAGGACCUCGAGCAGGACCCAUCGAGGAAGCCUGAGGAGGUCAUUGAGCUGCGCAAGUUCUCCAUCGAACCUGAGGGUACCACCGUUCAGUGGUUGGUUGGUCGCCAGGUUGGUGGUCCGACCGCCAGUCAGUUCUUCAAGAAGUCACUGGACGAGAACAACUCGGGCAAACAAGUCAAACGUCUCCCACUGGGUGGUGCAGCCAUCCCAAUCGGUCGUGAGGACGCACACCUGGUCGCUGGCCAGGUCUUCUCCACCUUGCCAACUACCAUCAAGACCGGACUGCCAGUUCACAUUGAUGGCUACCUAGAGAUGCACUCGUCUAGGAAGUACAUUGAACACUCGGAUGGAGAGCCAAACCCAAGCAACGGUGCAAUCUGGAAUGCAGUGCUCUACGACGAGAUCAUCGCUCCCAUGAUGGUCAAGCUGAUGAUCAGGGCGAGGAUAAGCUACCCAGGCGACAAGAUGAUCAAGCUCUACGAUCAUGUGCCAGACCUGUCAAAGUGCCACAAGCCAUUCACACGCAUUGUUGAGACCUACUUCCAACUGGCAAUCUAUCAGCCGUUGUGUGUCAAGCUACAUUCCACCUCGUGGGCCAAGUCUACACCCUCGUCAUUGUUGUGUAUCACCGAGAACAACAUUGCCCAGGCUGAACUUGACAUUGCCAAGAAAUUGAGCAAGUAUGGGGCUGAGGUACUGUUGGUCCCCAAAAAGAUGAGACCCAAGAUCCAUGGUCAAGACUUCAACAUUUUCAGUGUUCGUGAGUUGCUCAACAAAGUGCCGGUGACCACUGUAGAGGACGCACUCAUGUUGUUCGACUACUUGUAUCCAUUGUUCCAGAUCAACCCCGAUUACUUGUUGGAUCUGAACUUGUUGGCCAUGUAUGGCGGAACAUUGACGAAGUUUGCGCGCGCCAAGAAGGGCACCACCAUCUACUACCUCUACACUGAGAUGGCCUACACCAUCUAUCCCGAGCCCACGGCCUACGUCCAUCCAGAGAUCUCACUCAAGUUGGAAGAACUCCUUGAACAGCACAACAACCGCGCCAAAACCUUCAACUUCCAAUCGGUGAAUGAGGUUACCAUUCUCUAUCGGCACGUACUCAAGAAAUUGAAUGGUAGAUCACACGACUAUGUGAUGUCCAAGCUCAAUCACCUGCUCCAGGUCUUCUUUGUUUGUGAUGAUGGCGAGGUGGGCCUGUCAAACGAAGACAAGGCUGGGCUCACCAAGUUGGAGAUCAUCCCAGUGGGCACACCCGACCGAUUCACCUUGCGACCAAUCACAGACUUCCACGAUCAUACCAAUGAGGAGUUGGCACGCUUCGACAUCCUGUUCCCCCCGGACCAUGAGAACACCAGAGUGGAACAUCUUCUGGAAGGCUAUGGAUCUUAA